UUCCGGGUUGUUCAUGCCUAAGGGUAGCGUCGCGAUUGCAAGGAGGUGUUUUUGGAUCAAGUCAGCUGAAAAUUAAUACUGUCGCUACUUAUCGAACAUACUUCGUUUUAUUUAGCCAAAUUUCAAUUUUCCUCACGCGACCGCAAAACGGAUGUGCUAUGGCUUCUCGCGCUGGCCCCAGAGCUCAAGGCACUGAUGGCAGCGACUUCAAGCACAGAGAGAAGGUAGCCUCGCACUACCAGAUGAGUGUGUCACUCAAGUCAGAGAUUCGGAAGCUGAACAUCGUCCACGUGCUGAUCUGGCUGCUGGUGGCCGCUCAGGUGACCGUCAGUAACCUGGGCCUGGUGUCACAUGACCUGGUGGCCGCCCCUUACCAGUGGGAGUACCCCUACUUGAUUAGCAUCGUGCCAUCCAUUUUCAGCUUCCUGGCGCUCCCACGCAACAACAUCAGCUACCUGGUACUUGCCAUGAUCAGCUCUGGCCUCUUCUGCAUCGCCCCUCUUAUUUAUGGGGCUAUGGAGAUGUUUCCGGUGGCUCAGCAGCUCUAUCGCCACGGAAAAGCCUACCGCUUCAUCUUUGGCUUCUCGGCAGUCUCCGUGAUGUACCUGGUGAUGGUCAUUGCCAUACAGGUGCACGCCUGGCAAAUUUACUACAGCAAGAAGCUGCUGGAUGCGUGGUUCACUUCCACACAGGAGAAGAAGAAAAAAUAACUGACUAGACAUAACUGGGAAAAAUAUGACAUUUAGUACCUCUCUUCCGCCCCCACCUUUUCUCCUUUUUUUCCCUUUUUCCUUUUUAAGUGGUCUGAUUUUAUGGAGAAUCAAGGUGUAUUUUGUGCUUGGACAAAGUGGCAACCAGAAGCAAAGCUCAGUUAGGCACAACGCUCAUUUUUAAUUUAUUCUAGAUGGGGUUUCAUGCUUCAUGUUCGGUUAUCAAAUCAGCCAGGUGACUGAAGAAACAUGACAUCAUGCCGUCACAUAAGUGACACUGAGUCUCACUGCUGAAGGUUAGCUUCUGUGCUGAAUUCUCGGCAUGAAGGAGUUCGGGACCUUCUGAGAUUGGAUGAGCUGCAUGUUGUUCACCGUUGUGCCUGAGUGUGAUUGUCACCACCAUGCCAAAAAAAAAAAAAACACAAUACUCCAAUAAAUUUAGGGAGGUCA